UUGUUCAGCAAUAACUCUGUCAAAGAAAACAACAAAUCACCCAACCGAAACAAAUUUGCAACACCAAAGUCUCCGUCACGUAAAACCAAACAAAGAAUGGCCAAGUGCAAUCUCAAUAAAAACUACACUGAAUUGAGUUUACGAAAUAAAUCUGAAAAAGAGAAAAGCGAAACUGUUACUUUGGAGGAAGCCAAAGUAGAAAAAUGUGCAAUGUCCAAUACCAAUGCUGAGAACUGUUUGCAGCAAAUGAUGAACUUGCAGAAACAAAGCGCUGAAGGUUUGAUGUCUUUAUUGAGAGAUAUAGGGCAAGCAUAUUUGGAUCUAGCACAGUUUGACUGUUCUUCAGCCAUUGAACGUCUCAACUCUCUUCCUCCAAAUCAGUUCAAUACCUCCUGGGUAUACUGUUUGUUAGGUAGAUACUGCCAAGGAGUCGGACUUACUUUCAUAGACGUAUCUUAUGCUUGAAGAAAAAAAAGAUCAAACCAAUAGCAUUCAAAAUAAUUUA